AUGCCUUCGACUGGCCCAAGAGAUGGGCGGGAGGGUAAGGUUCGGCGGAGGUCGAGAUUUGGCUGCCGCAAUUGCAAGCUUCGCAAACUCAAGUGCGAUGAAAGCAAACCCCAGUGCAAGAGAUGUCGUUCCUUUGGAUUAUUAUGCCCCUUUAUGUCCAACAUUCCCGACCUUCAGCCUGUUGCUGCUGACCGGCAGUUGGUAGUUCAGUCUCCUCCCAGCAAUGCUGUUUGGACAUCGGACGAAUCGACAUGCUAUCACUUGGAUGCCAGGUGCCAAGAGUUUAUCAGCCGGUAUCUGGGACGGAGUCUGAUUCCUCCAGACAAUCCUAACAUGAUACAAGUGAAUCGCAAGCUGCUAGAACUGGCUUUCACCUAUCCUUUUCUAAUGCACGCCUCUCUAGCGGUGGCGCUUACAUAUGACCGCCAUCUGAAAAGGUCCGGCUGUCGUCGCACUCUAGAAGAGUGCUAUCACUGGUCUCAAGCCACCGUACUCUUGAACAAUCGACUAAGUGGACCAAUCCAGACAGAAGACAAGGAUCCCAUCUGGGGCACUGCGGCUGCGCUGGUCAUCUUAACCUUCUCGUCCGAUGCAUACACAGCCGAACAAGCGUGGCCUUUGACAUCAUCUGACUCCGACCUGGACUGGUUGCGUCUGAGCAAGAGUAAAAUGUUAUUGUGGCACAUUGUGAACCCCCUGCGACCGGACAGUCUGUUUCACGUCCUGGCAGCGACCUUUGCUGAGAUGCAGUCCCCUUUGCCACAAAGAGGCAUAGAUGGUAUGCCUCAGGCUUUGGCUGCCAUGUGUAAUUUGAACGACACAUCUACAGCAGAAACGAAUCCGUAUUUCCGUGCUGCGCACGCGGUAUCCCAGAUCCUGAACCGCCCAAAAAUCACCAUCGGUCAGUCUCAAAUCUUCAUGGAUAGUAUCCAUGGCCCUUUUGAAGAUCUGCUUCGGGAAAAGGACCCGGCAGCGCUAUUGUUGCUGUAUUUAUGGUAUUGCAGAGCCAGUCGCAGUAUAUGGUUUAUUGAACUUAGGGCUCGAGUGGAAUGUCCUUCGAUCUGCUCAUAUCUGCGACGAUACCACUCAGAGAAUGGUGCUGUCCAGGCAUUUCUUCCGAAAGGAGAUCUCGCUCAAGUUCCCUCUUAG